UGUUAGGGUAACGAUAUCAACUAUUCCAGUCAAAACAAUCGCAUGAAGAUUUGCAAAGAAAUUUCACAAAUAUUGGUGUCAAGUGGCAGUUCAUCCCUCCUCGUUCCCCACAUUUCGGUGGACUGUGGGAGGCGGCGGUAAAAUCUAUGAAAAUACUGUUAGGAAGGGUAUUAGGCGAAGCUCAUCUAACAUAUGAAGAAUUAUGUACUGUACUAACGCGCGCUGAAGCCUGCUUAAACUCGCGUCCCUUAACCACCUUAUCUACUGAUCCUUCUGAUCCCAGCCCCCUCACUCCUGGGCACUUCCUUAUAGGAGAUUCUCUCACUGCGGUACCAGAGGAUGACGUAACCGCUAUACCAGUUAAUCGACUAACACGAUGGCGUAGAGUUACUCAAUAUUCACAACAGUUAUGGCGCCGUUGGAGUAAAGAGUACUUAUGCCAACUUCAAGAGAGGUCCAAAUGGUCUAAGGAGAAAGGUCCGAAGCUGAAUGUGGGAACAGUAGUCCUAGUGAAGGAGGACAAUCUACCCCCAUUGCAAUGGCGAUUGGGACUAGUUGAACAAAUCUAUCGAGGAUCCGACGGAGUCAUUCGAUCAGCAGAGGUUACGUCAGCAGGUCGUAAGUUGAAAAGGGCAGUUCGAACGUUGUGCCCACUUCCUUUCGAGAGUAAUAUUGAUUAAAAGGGUAUAAAAUUUUUUUUUUUUUUUUAAUCUAUGAAAUUCCUAAUUAUUACACAAUAUGAAAUUAAAUAAUGUCAGAUUAUAGUAUGUAACGUUUCAUUGUUACUUUGUCUUUAUUUAUAAAUUAUAUUGUAUAUUAUGCAUAUGUUUUUUGUUCGCGCUUUUAUAUUUUAUUAGCCAUUUAUUUUUCUAUUUAUUUGUUUUGAUACUAUUUACGUGUUUAUUGAAUAUGUUUGUUCGCUGAGUUUGAAACUAAUUUAUUUGUAUUACUAUUGUAAUUAUUUAUAUAUUUUUUUUUUUUAUUAUUCAUUUAUAUGCCUACGAUAUAUGUAUAAUUAGUAUCUUGGGCUAAAAUUAUUAUUAUUUUAUGUUUAUGUUGAAAAUUAACAUUUUCAAUGCCGGGAGUAUGUUAGCGCUCGAGUCGCUUUAUCGUACACUGUCGCGAUUGUCAUUAUUUAUCUUAUAUUAUUUUGUGAUUAGUCGAGUUAGUCGCGUAUCGAAGUUUGUACCGAGCACAGCGAGCGGCUCCACAAUUAUUAUUAUUAUAUUAUAAAUAAAAGCA